UCUAGAAGACUCACAUGAUUGGGGCAGGGAUGGAACAGAUUCUCCAGUAUGUAGACAGGGCUGCUGGUGAGAGCUGAGGCUUACCCAGGCUGUGCCCGUGUGUUCUGAGGGUCUGGUGCUUUCACACACACUAUUCUUUUGUUCCUCACAACACCCCAGAAGGGUAGAGAUUGUCCUUCCCAUUUGACAGUUGAGGAACUAAGGCACAGAGAGACCAGGGAGUGUAUGCCACCCCCAAAGGGGUGUAGGGCAAAACUCCUAUCUUGGGUCUCUAUUGCUGUGUCUGUCUCUCCUGCUCAUUCAUUCCUCAGUGUUCCAUGAUCUCUAAACCCUAUCUCCGCACUUCUCCCCCACCUUCCUCAACCUCCCCCCACGAGGAGUCAGUGGGUGCGAGAACCCUGCCUCAGCCUCUCUGCCCUGCUCCCUCUGCUCAGGCCUCGCAGCAGGACACGGGCGCUUGGCUGCUGGAAGGAAGAGUUAACAAGGAGUGUUUGUAGCAGCUGCUGUCUCCAAGGAGAGGAAAGAAAGCAGAGCAGCGGCGGCGAGGCCACAGCCUAGAUGCUUUUCCGGGCUCCCUGGCUGGUGACAGUGGCGGGCUGGUUGGAGGCAGCAGAUGACCCACCUGGCCCUGGGAAGAGAGGAACGCUCUCACACUUCCACCAGUCCUGGGGAGUGCUGAACUGAGUGGACUGGGCAGCUGAGAGUGAGGUCGCUUGCAGGGCCCCCAAAGGGAAAGUUCAGGCAGGGACUAAGGAAUGUGGGCAGUGGGGGCUGGGCCUGGCUCAGAGGCUGAAGCCAGCAGCAGGCUGCAGAGCCAGAAGCCCUGGGCUCUCAGAGGGUAGAAGGGGACCCAUUGAGCCAAGGAGAAGUGGUCCAGGACCUUGACCUAGCCUGUAGCAAGAAUAGGGAGACAGCAGUAGGGGACAGGAGGCUCCUACUUCCUCCUGUAUUUCCAUUCCAGCGAUGUCUCAGCAUAGGGGACACAGGAGGAGGCCCAGGACCCCAGGGCCUCCCGUGCGCAGCAUCCGGCCCUUCAAGUCCAGCGAGCAGUACCUGGAGGCCAUGAAGGAAGACCUGGCCGAGUGGCUUCGGGAUCUGUACGGGUUGGACAUUGAUGCAGCCAACUUCCUGCAGGUGCUGGAGACUGGCCUGGUGCUGUGCCGGCAUGCCAACACUGUCACAGAGGCUGCUCUGGCCUUCCUGGCUGAGGCACCUGACCGAGCUCCAAAGAUUCCCAUGCCCCAGGCUGGCGUUUUCUGCAAUGGGGCUGCUCAGCCGGGCACUUUCCAGGCCCGGGACAACAUCUCCAACUUCAUCCAGUGGUGUCGCAAGGAGAUGGGCAUCCAAGAGGUGCUGAUGUUCGAGACCGAGGACCUGGUGCUACGCAAGAACGUGAAGAGCGUGCUGUUGUGUCUGCUGGAGCUGGGUCGCCGCGCCUGGCGUUUCGGUGUGGCAGCGCCGGCCCUGGUGCAUCUGGAAGAGGAGAUUGAUGAGGAGCUGCGGCGUGAGCUGGCCCUGCCCUCGCCGGAUCCUCCACCACCCGCACCCCCUGUCCGCAGGCCUUGCCACUUCCACAACCUGGACCAGAUGGUGCAGAAGCUUGUGAGCCAUUGCACAUGCCCAGUGCAGUUCUCCAUGGUCAAGAUAUCUGAGGGGAAGUACCGAGUAGGGGACUCCAACACCCUCAUCUUCAUCAGGAUCCUCCGGAGCCACGUGAUGGUGCGCGUUGGGGGCGGCUGGGACACGCUGGGCCAUUAUUUGGACAAACAUGACCCCUGCCGGUGUACGUCCCUCUCCCACAAACCAGGCAGCUUUCUGAAGCCCCCAGGGCCACCGGUGCAGCAUGAAGUGAAGGUGCAGGAUGGACCCUCACAGCCCCAGCCUACAAUGACCAUCAGCCGCUCGCAGAGCCCACUGCCUCCGGUGGAUUGGAGUACAUACACCUCUUCUAGCAGAAAGCUGAGGCCCCCCACUCCCUCUUCUCCCCGACCCCAUGGUCAACAGGGAGCAGGGGCCAGGACCCUCAGAGAGACAGCCCCAUUACUAAGGUCGCAAGAGAGGCCAAUGACCCCAUCUCAGAGAAUGUCGUCACCCGGUCCCCAAUUCUCAUCUAUCUGUAGGAGCCCAGACCUACGGAGUACCAUGUCAGGAAAGAGAGAGAAGAGAUGCCCAGGUGAACUGCCCAGAGGAAGGACUCCCACCACAUCUUGGGUUCACAAGGCAACAGAUAGCCAAGGAACACAUACCAAGGCCCUCACCUCCCAGAGGCUCCAAAGCCCCGAGGCCACCAGUAAAGGGACAUCAGUAAGAGGACCAUCUCCCCCACCUCGUUCCUCCAGCCUAGCCAACCCUCACAGUAUCUGGCUCCUGCAUCGGGGCGCUUCCCCGCAGCUCAGAGAACCCAUGCCUAUUCAAUCCCCACCUCCCAGCAAAGGGUUCACCAAGAUCCCCAUCCGGCUGUCCCCUGCCCGACCCCCAACUCCAAGAAGUUUUUUGGGUAAUGAAAGUGGAGGUUCCAUGGAGAGAGGAUCCAUCCCAUCAAAGGCCCUCACAGGGAACCUGGAUAUACCCACACAUGGGCAUCACUCUGUGGAAGCAAGCCAUGGGGACCACCAGAUGGACAUCCAGAUGACUUCAGAGACCGAGGAUCCCAGGAACUUAGGCACACACAAGUGCAAAGGGAGGCACACCCCUCUGCCCCUGGGCAGGACCAGAGAGCAAGCCCUCUACCAUAGCCUCAAAGAGGAGAUUGUGGCCAACAUGAAAUUGCUGGAGGUGGGGGCUGCCUGUAAUCAGGGCACGAGGCCUCAAGUCAUCCCUCGAAGCGGAGUCUAUGUUCCCAGCCUGGGUGGGAGGUGGCCUGAAUCUGGGAGUCCUUAUGAUAAAGUCAUCCAAGAACUGGUUCAGAUGCCCCCACCUCUCUUUAAAGUGGAUCUGAAAGCCUGGAAGGUAGGCUCUGAAGCCCCCCCUAAGCCAGCUGUGGGCCCAAGAAGCCCCAAAGAGAAGCCACGAUCCAGAGAGAGUGGGCCAAGGAUAAAGGCAAGCCCGACUGCCAAGGGUACCCCAGUGAGGACUGUGUCAUCUGCUAGAGGGAAAGACUGCUCCACUCUGACUGUGCCUGCCACCCCAGAGGCUCCCACACAUUCAGGCUCAGACCCCAGUUCUGACAAAGCCAGGGUAUGUCUGGGCAAGGGCAAGAGAACACUCCGGAAGCCCCAGAAGAUCCCAUCCAUUUACAAGCUGAAGCUGAGACCUAGAAUCCGGCCCCGCAGAGACCACAGGCCUGAGAAAAGACCUUCCAGAAUUCCCAAGCCACUGGCCUACCUCUGCCUGGGUCCAGCCAGGACAGCUCCUGGAAGCAGGCUAUUGAAAGCUACAUUGGGUGGCAAGGGAGGAGGCACCUGCCAGGUGGAUCAAGCUGGUGAAAAGAAGGAGGAAGAGAAAGAGAAAGAAACCAGCAUCUCAUUGGCGAACAGCUCCCAGGUGCCAGCGAGCCAGGAGCCUCUGAAGCCUGAUGGAGCGCCACUUCCACCUGAGGAGGAAUCUUGGGUCUGAAGAGCCUGCAGAUGGGAAGGACCACAGCAAAACGUAUGCAGUGCAAUGUGUGUGUGAGGAAGGACAGCCCCUCACUCAGCACAGGGCCUUGGCCAGGAGUGGGUGUCAAGACCCCCAUCUCUUCAGCUGAGCAAAAGGGCAGUCCACACCUUCCUUCCACUGCAGGCCAGCAUCAGUGGGGAGGGCCCAUAUCUUAUUCUUGCUCCUAAGAACAGCUCCUCGGCCUCUGGACAUUUCCACAGCUGUAAGUUAUUAAACACUCAUGGGUCUGUCCUUGAGAUACAUCUUUCGGGGUCCUUUCCCCAAGACUGUAGAAGUGUAGAGAGGUGCAGCUUCAGACCUCUCUGCAGGAGGUGAUGGAGACAAGGUGGAAGGAGCUGUCAGCAAGGGAGGCUUCCUCCCAGGUCCUGGUGGUCAGGACCGUGGACAGCGACAAAGGCGCCUGGCACAGGCUCCCGAAGGACACCUUUGACAUAGACUUCAGAGAUUUGCCCCUGGUCCUGAGAACAGGGAUCACUCAGGGUGAAGAGAGCUGGUUGAUGACAUCCAUCACAUUUCUGUGUCCAAGAAGCUAUGUUUGGAGGCUCUAAAUUUGACCCCUGAGGAAAAUGCAGAGGCAGUUAGCAUUUGAGUCUUCCAGGCACCUGCGAGGGCAGGUGAUGUGACCUCUGUGUGGUUGUGGUUAGCUGGAGGGAAGAGUUAUGUCCAGUACCUUUUCCCUUUGAUCCCUGGGUUGACCUGGACUUUGGGGGUGG